AUGUCAUUUGGCAGUCCAACAUGGGAAAAAUGGGUGCUGGAUGAGGAUGAAUCUCUCCCCAUCCUAGAACAUGCAUAUAAAAGCGGCAUAAACACAUGGGAUACGGCCGACUUCUACUCUCAUGGAGAGAGCGAAAGAAUCAUAGGCAAAGCGCUUCGGACGUUCAACAUCCCGCGGCAGAAUGUUACAAUCUUGACAAAGUGCUACUUCGGCGUGAGCCACGAUGGUAGUCAGCUACCUCUGACGGAAUGUACUAUCAAUGACGGGGCCAUGGUGAACCGCGUCGGCCUCAGCCGCAAGCACAUUCUCGAUGCGGUCGAUGCAAGCGUGGAACGCCUAGGCACGUACAUCGACAUCCUCCAGAUUCACAGAUUGGACCGAGACACCGAAAUGGAAGAGAUCAUGAGCGCGCUGAAUGAUGUGGUGCAGUCAGGCAAAGUGAGAUAUAUCGGCGCAAGCAGCAUGGCGGCGUGGGAGUUCCAGCGCAUGCAGAAUAUUGCUGAAAGGCGUGGUUGGCAUCGCUUCAUUAGUAUGCAAAAUUACCUAAACCUGCUUUACCGAGAAGAAGAGCGGGAGAUGAUCCCAUACUGUAAAGCUACGGGCGUGGGAAUCAUUCCUUGGUCUCCGGUGGCUCGGGGUGUGCUUGCACGGCCUUGGAAGUCUGCAAAGACUGUCCGCGAAGAGACUGACGCCUACCUCUCCGCGCUGAUCAGUAAAGAGAACGAAACGGACAAGGCUGUGGUCGAUCGUGUUGAACAGGUGGCAAAGAAAAGAGGUGUUCCAAUGGCAGCAGUGGCAACAGCUUGGGUAUUGAGUAAGGGUGCAAAUCCUAUACUCGGGCUUUCGUCCAAAGAAAGAAUUGACCAGGCCAUUGAAGCAAUGAGUCUGAAGCUUUCUGAUGAGGAAAUUAGCUACUUAGAGGCGCCGUACCAGCCCAAGCACGUCUCCGGGUAUUAA